AUGGCGGAAGAGUCGACUCCGAUUCCAGUCGUGUCGUUCGAACAGUUCCUCACGGGAGAUCGAGCAGACCAGAAAGAGGUGGCGAAGAAAGUCUACGAUGCUUUUUCCACGGUCGGAUUCAUCUACCUCAAGGACCAUGGCAUUCCGCAGAGCCGAGUCGAGGAGAUCUUCGAAUUGAGCAAAUCGUUCUUCACGCUUCCCCUGGAGGAGAAGCUCAAGUAUAAACUCGCCGAAGCACAAGUCAACCAAGGCUACACGGCCGACGGGGCUGAAGGCAUCCACGACCACAAGGAGUGCUAUGAGCAUCGACGCUUCAAUAACAGACUAUGCCCCUCGGAAUCCGAACUCCCAAGUUUCAAGUCCACUCUCGACAGCUUCUACAACCAAUGCCUGAGAUUGGCGAUGAACGUCCUCAAAUGCCUCGCGAUGGUGAUGGACCUGAGCGACGACUUCUUCGAACCCAUCACCAAACGCGCAGACCCACAGCUACGCCUGAUCCACUACCCGGAGAUCGCACGCGAAGUCAUCGAACAGUCCGGCCACGCACGCAUCCACGCACAUACGGACUUCGGCCUGUGCACUCUCCUCUUCCAGGACCAGACCGGGGGGCUGGAAAUAGAUCCCUGGCACGAAGGGAACUUCGUGCCGGCGCCGCCAAUCCCAGGCACGAUAUUGGUCAAUAUUGCCGACUUGCUACAGCGAUAUACCAACGGCAGGGUCAAGUCGACGAGGCACCGUGUUGUUAGUCCGUCGCCACAGAGGUUUUCUGGUGUGGUGUUACCGGCACGCUAUAGUAUUCCGUUCUUCGUGCAUCCGGAUCCAGAGACUACGAUUGAUCCCAUCACGCUGGCUGAGGGUGAGGAGAAAUUGUAUGAGCCUGUUAAUGCGGGCGAGUGGCGCACCAUGCACACUGCGAAUAAUUAUCGCCUGCAGCAGCCGCCUGGGAAGCCGGUCGAGGUCGCCACAGUUGGGUAA